AUCUUUCAUUUUUCAGAAUGAUGUAAAGCGAUGAAUAGUUUAAACAAUAAAUUUUAUUAGUCAUUAAAAAUGAGUAUCAGUUUGUUACCUACAGAACUUCUUGUAAAAAUAUUUAAUUAUUUGUGUAUUGAAACUCAGAUAAGAGUUGAAGCAACCUGCUUCAGAUGGAGAAAUAUUAUUAUUCAAAAUUUCUUCCUUCCCUUCCUACUUCGACAACCAUAUUCUAUCAGGAAAAAUUAUCUUGGUGAAGGAUGGGUUGACAAAGUGUCUAAUAGUCCUGAGAAGAUAAGAAAGUUGUUUUAUCAUGUUUAUCAUGAUCUACCAAGGAACUGGAGAGAAGGAGGGUUCAAAGUUCAAGCUAGGAAACAAAUAGCUGAAUACAGUCCGGGCCAUGAUCAAAAGAUUUCUUCCAUAGCAGUUUACCAGGAUAAGAUAUAUCUUGGCAGACCUGGAUACGGAGUAGAGGUUUUGGAUUCUCUGAAGCUCUCCAGUAUCCGAACCCUGGAUACUAGGCUGGAUCCAGCCGAAGAAGAUUUACAAGAAUCUCGGAGACCUUGCAAAGUAUAUGAGCACGGUAGAACCCUAGCAGUCCUUGGUCCGGAUAGAACCAGGGUUCUACUCUUCAAUACUCGAACAGAUGAGAUGGUUGGAGCCAUAGAUACUGCUCUCGGAUCAAUCUAUCAUGUUGCCAUAUCAGAGAAACUAUUAAUUCUUCUCUCAGGUUGGUCAAUAUUCUACUGGAGAAUAGACUCCUGGUCUCCAGAACGGGUCCGUGGAGAGUUUCGUGGCUGUAUCCCGGAUUUUGAGAACGAUGCCCAUUUCAAGACCUGGCUGGAAUCCCAUGAAGCAGUUGUCAAUUCAUCCUGGCUUGUCACCCGGGCAACAAGGAUGGGAGUUCUAGAGGAAGGAGGUGGUUUGAAAAUGAAGCACUUUCUACACGUGAGACAAGUUUAUCCAAGUGGUACGAUUGGUCCUGUACUGCGUCCUAACAGUUCCCGUCUUCCUGAUACAGUAUAUGAGAUGACCAGCAUGGCUUUAUCAGAGGCAGAUUUGCUAGCUGUCGGUUAUAGAGUGCUGGACAAGGGCGAGGUUUGUAUUCUAGACUUGAAUACAGGAGAUACUAUUCAUAAUAUCACUUCGGAAUACUUUCUCGCAUCAAUACAGAUUCCGUUGAAGUUUGAUGGAUCCAAGCUUUUCCUGAAAAUAAUUCCCAUUACAAGGCCAACCAAUGACGAGUGUGGUGCUUCUAUUGGAUACCUGGAUCUGAAAAGUAAAGAGGUUGUCGAGGUUCCAGGAAUAUCCCUUAAUAGUUCAGAGGAUGUUCUUCAUCUUGAACCUGCGCAACUAUACACUGUAGCAACUAAAUUAGAACGUGUAGAUUCACAGAGUGAGUUUAGUCAUAUUGACCUGAACAUGGAUCUUGAAGCAUUUGCUCUGAUUGAGAGUGAAAACGAGGAUUUUGCUCCGGUAUACUCUGUAACCGUCACAGUUUUAGACUUCUGGAAUAGUUCAUCCAGUCCUUCAUCUUCAUCCUCGUCUCAUCAAACAGAAUCCUAUGAUUCAACUAGUUUUUCUACAUCCACAUCAUCAUCCCAUCCAAACAAUCCAUCGUCAUCCUCUUCAGUAUUUCAUCGAAACCAUCCAUCUUCAUCCUCUUGAGCUUUCCAUCCAACCAAUCCAUCUCCUUCCUCCUUAUAAGCAUUCCUCCAACCAAUCUAUUUCCAUUAUCCUCAGCAUUCCAUCCAACCAACCAUUCUUCAUCCUCCUGAGCAUUCCAUUCAAACAAUUUAUCUUCAUUUUCCUCAGCAUUCCAUCCAACCAAUCAUUCUCCAUUCUCCUAAGCUCAAAAGCCAAUAAACAAGAAAUUUAGUUUUAAGUCUCAAAAAAC